GUACUGUGGAGUCCACGCGGAGGCGGUGCAGGCGUCGUCGGAACGGCGUGCUAAUGCGCAGGCGCGGGGCUGAAGCUUCGGCCCCUCGGGGAGCUUGGAGAUGGCGGCUGCCGGGGACGCUUCGCGGGAGCCGGCGGCCUCGGAACCGCCGGUGGAGCUGCCUGCCUCGGUGCGGGCGAGCAUCGAGCGGAAGCGGCAGCGGGCGCUGAUGCUGCGCCAGGCCCGGCUGGCGGCCCGGCCCUAUCCGGCGACAGCGGCGGCGGCGGCGGCUACCGGAGGUGUGGCUAAUGUAAAAGCAGCCCCAAGGAUCAUUGACACAGGAGGAGGCUUCAUUCUGGAAGAGGAAGAAGAAGAACAACGUACAACUGGAAAAGUUGUCCAUCAACCAGGACCUGUUAUGGAAUUUGAUUAUGCAAUCUGUGAAGAGUGUGGUAAAGAAUUUAUGGAUUCUUACCUUAUGACCCACUUUGAUCUGGCAACUUGUGAUAACUGCAGAGAUGCUGAUGAUAAACAUAAGCUCAUAACAAAAACAGAAGCCAAACAAGAGUACCUUCUGAAAGACUGUGAUUUAGAGAAAAGAGAGCCGGCUCUUAAAUGUAUUGUGAAGAAGAAUCCUCAUCAUUCACAAUGGGGUGAUAUGAAACUCUACUUAAAAUUACAGAUUGUGAAGAGGUCUCUUGAAGUUUGGGGUAGUCAGGAAGCAUUAGAGGAAGCAAAGGAAGCUCGACAGGAAAACCGAGAGAAAAUGAAACAGAAGAAGUUUGAUAAGAAAGUAAAAGAAUUACGGCGAGCGAUAAGAAGCAGCGUGUGGAAAAGGGAGACAGUUGCUCAUCAGCAUGAGUAUGGACCAGAGGAAAACCUAGAGGAGGACAUGUAUCGGAAGACUUGUACCGUGUGUGGCCAUGAGCUGACCUAUGAGAAGAUGUGACUUAAGUUAUUCACAGAUGAAUGGGACACUCAUGUAAAUAACGCUUCUGGAAGAAAUAUAUAUGUUACAGCUUCAGUUUCCGGUCUGGUUGUGGGCAAAUACUGGGUCUGUGAUUGCUUUUCUCUACAGUAGGAAUUAAAGCCAAGGAGGUGGAAUAGGUUCAAAAGUAAGCUUCGAGCUAAAGUUGAGAAAUACACCGAACCAAACCCUAGAUUGGAAUAGGAGGAGGAACUUUUGGUAAAGGCAACUGAAGUUAAUUUUUCUAGGAAACAACAGGGACAGUAGUAGAUCCUGGCCCCAGAGGCUAGCCAGGUCUUCUAGACCCUGUCUCCACAUGAGGUAGUGGGGAGUGUUGUUGGACAAGGCCUGACAGCAGGAAUUGAGUCGUGGCAGUCUGAUCAUGUUUUUGGUAUCCUUAUGGCUUAUUACCAUAGGCCCUAACAUCCUUGUUGAGGUAGCCCUUUUAAUCUGGAUUAAAAUGGAAAAACAGCCAUAUUGUCUUCUUGAUCAGAAAAGGUACUAAGUGUAUCCUAACUUGCUAACAUUUUACAGAGCACUUACUGGACCAGGCGGGUGUGAUGUGAAAUGGCUUACAGGUAUUCUCAUUUAAUCCUGGGAGGGAAGAUAAUUUGUUUAUUUCACACUUCUAAAGGAAUUGAUACUACAACCUGACAUCGCCCCAGACAUCUGGAACAAGAUUAGUCACUUUUGCCUGUCUUGUCAAAAGAUCACAAGGUAGUUACAACUAGUAAGAGGAUUUGUGCUUGAUUAUAGGAUCUAUGCAAGAUAGAUAGAUAGAUACACACACACACACAAAACCUGUUCAAGUUAAACUGGAUAUUAUCAAGUUGUUCUUUGACUUGGCUUUUUUAGUCCUGUUGCUACAAAUAGAAAAAAUAGGAAGUUUAUAUGUAAAGGAAGGUGUAUCAUCUUCCUUUCUAGAUCAGCUCUCCUGGAGAGGAUGCUUGAAGAAAGGCAAAUCUAAACUAGUCCAACUCAAAUAGAAUUUUGAGACUGUAAUUACUAAUCAUUCUCUAAGAAUUCAACCUAGAAAUGUUUACUAUAUUAGUCCAGUGUUGAUAUAUAUAUAAGUGUGCCAUGCUAAUUACUGACUGGUUCAGAAUGGGCAGCAAGAUGCUCCUGGUACCACAAAAGAGCUUCCAGCUUGAUGUUAACAGAGUAAUGAGGGGGUCUAGGCAGCUUUAUUAACUGCAUGGGCAAUAAAAAGCCUUGAAUACCAGGAACUUAGGUUCAAAUUCCUCUUUUUUAGCUGUGGACCUUGGGUACGUUGUUUCAUGGGAGUAUUUUGAUCUGCUGGAUGGGCACAAUCAUCUCACAGAGAAUGGUUGUGAGGAUUAAAGAUAGCCAAUCUAUGGCAUGUGGCACUUGAGCACGUAAUCUCAUCAGGACAGCACAGUUCUAGAUUUGUCUGGUUUCCCAGACAAAUGCUUCUGUGCACGCUUUCAUCACUUGAAGAGGAUCCAGUAUCCAGAGAAUACUGACCACACAAUGUAUUCUACCCAGGUUGGCAAGUUUUUUCCUCAUUUCUCAUUUUUAGGUAUAAUUACAGAUUAGUAAAUUAUAUAACAAACUAUUAAAUACUUUCCAGGAAGAGCAAGCAAACUUAUUUUCAUAUGAACCACUGCCUGCAUUAUUCCUGGAAGGGAGAUUGAGAAUCAAGGAAAACAAAGCACAUGUUUGUUCACUCUGACAAAGGAAAUGUUAAAUGGCAUUGAUAGAGUAUUCAACAGAAUAUUGAUUUCUUUGUGAGGUAUGGUAGUGAGCUGCCAUUCUUUUGUCUGUAUGAGCUGCUUGAGUGGGGAAAGCAGCUGCUGAAUGUUUUUGCUCUUUGCCUUUCUUUUGAAAUUCAACUUCCAGUUUUUUCCAUAAACUUAGCUACCAAACUGUACAAGAGCAGGGUCCCAUCAGUGAAUUCUUAUGAGAAGCAAUAUUACACGUGAAGAGAGGAUGCAAGAGAAAAAUUCCUCUAGACUUGGGAUCCAGCAGGUAUACCAGCCAAACUGCAGGUACGCUGGGCUAGGGAAGGCUACAGGACAGUGUAGGGUCAAAGUUUCCAGAGCCAUAAAUGGUUAUUGUUUUGGCCUCUUGAAGACAAGAGCCAUGUCUGACUUGCGGGAAGGAGGAACAGCAUAACCAAAGAAUAUUUAGACAAGAACCUGGGUUUUGGUCCCUUUUAUGCUGGUAACUUGCAUUCUUUGUUUAAAUGGUUGGUAUUUAAAAAUCCUAGGAAUUCUUCUCUCUUGAGUAGAAUCUCUUCUCUCUUUAGCUACUAAAUGUGGCGUAAACCAAAGAAACUGAAUAGGAAAAAUGCUAAUGCAUGCCUCUGAAAUUUACGAUGCAGUAAGUUAAUACCUGUGUUGCACAGAUGCCCAGGAAUACUACUUACCAGUUGUGGGGUUGUUGAUAAAUUUUUAAGUUUAGUAAAGUCUUAAAAUGCUAGCGAUUUGCAAUGUCAGGGAAUCCCUUAGAUGUGAUUAUUUCAUGUGCGUGUUUAUCUGAGCUAAGCUUCAAUACCCUAUGGGAAACAGGCUCAAGAAUUAGUAAUUACUUGGAUCAAGUUCUUUAGAAACAAAGUCCAAACCUACAUAGAAUUCCAAGUACAGUUUUAGCUAGUCUAGCUACUUCUGUUGCCAGUUCAACAUGUACUUCCCUAGUGGACCUUGGACAAAUCUGAGACUAGAGGAGAUGACCAGAUGGUUCCAAGGUCAUGGUUCCCACAGCUGCCUGCACACUGGGAGGCUUUAGAAUGAUGGCUGGCUCCACUUCACCCCCCAGAUACUGUGGUUUAAUUUAGAAAAUAACUGAAGAAUUUGGGUAGUGCUACUCUGAAUAACAUUUAUUAAUAUUACUUAAAAUACUUUAGAGAAAGAAUUCUAAGUGAGGGAAGUACAACUUCCAUAAGAAAGCGAUUUUUAAGUAGACUGAGAUAAAUCAUGAAAUACCGAAGUUUAAAAAACAUUUAGUUUUAUUUCAGCCAUAUCAGGUUAUCCAUGAGCUGUGAAAAGCUACGCUACUUGAUAGUAAACCCACCAGUUCUAUAUACUACUUUGUAAGCUGGACCUCUAGUGUUUACAUACCUUAAAUCACUUAUCUUUUGUGCCUUAAGGAAAAAAAAAUACCAGAAAAGUUGUAUCUGUCACAUAUAUAAUACAUCCUAUGGUCAUUGUCACAUAGUCGGGAGUUUUCGCUUUGUAGGGGCCAUUGAAGGUAACCAAUGCUCUAUUCUUCACCGUCCUCCCCCUCCCCCCCCCAAUAAGUGAAAGGAUGCUACAAGAAAGCAAGCAUUCAAACCAUCAAAAAAUAAGACCAGUUAUUUUGAGAGAUUUUAAAAAAAUCUUGACAAGGGAAUAAAAGGACCCUUAGGCCUGUAGGGCACAGAACUGCUGGAACACAGCCAGGAUAUGCGGGUCUAACUCGGCAGUGAAGAGCAGGUUCUCCAGGGUCACCAUGUAUUGCUGGAUUAUUUGGUGAUGCUGUGGACACAGAAAAGGGGAGGUUUAGGUCAGGAAAAAGACCACUUGAGCAGCCUGUUCCUGUUGUGGAACGAAUGGGAAGGGGUAGGAGAAAAAAAGUGGUUAUACUUGAUAGGAAGGAUGGGCUCCUAAAAAGCUCCAAUGUUAAGAAAAUGUAGAGGAAAAAAAAAAAAAAAGGCAGGGAGGAUGUUCAAUAACUUAGAAACAAAGUAGCCAGAACUGGAUUUGAAUGUAAACAUAAUUUAUGCUUCAGAGCAGAGCCUUCCAGACCGGGCACAGCUGGGUCCCUACUGAUGAGGACAAGACAGCAGGACUCUUUAAAGGGAGCCCAAAGAUUAAAAACAAUCCAGGAGGAUUAAAACUAUGGUUGCUGAAACAUGAGAAAAGAUACUCUGCAGUAUUUUCCUUUUACUGGUUAGACAUUUAAAAUUUUCUUUUACAAAAACAUAAGAGAUCACUGGCUAAUUUCUCUACUAACUACUCUAUAAAACAAGAAACCCAAACUUCAUUUUAUCUGUCAAAUAGCUCAUCUGUCUCACUGAAAGUCUAGGACUUGUUGAGGCUCUGUGGGGGGUGGGGGAGGUCAGAAAAUGAAUAUCUCUUCUAACUUUGCCUGUAGGACUUGCACAUACAGAGACUUCUACAGGCUUGGAGAACAGCAAUUCCUAAAUCGGAGAGCUGGAGGACCCAUUCGAACCUAAAUACUCUGAGCCAUUGUAGGAACAAAUGGACAGUAAAAGGCCUUACAGGUACUACAAAACCUCCUGACAAAUCUGACUGUUUUUUAAAAUGGACAAUUCUUGGGGCUGAGAACAGUGAUGGUUAUUAUCUAACCAGAGUUUCCCACAAACCUGUAAGAAGAUCUGCUGGAGCCUCUCUAUACAGUUCUUGUACCACGGGGUUAAUACGCUGGUCCCAUCAGUCUCGCAUCGUACUAAGUGCUCAGUCAAGAUCAUGAUAAAACGCUGGAAAGGGGGUACAAAGUUAAAGCAGUGUUACAGGAAGAAUUUUUCUACUUCAGAAAACAAUCACAUUUUUGACCAAGAGACCUCAAAGGCAUUCCUGUUCCACUUGGUCUUCAUGGUGUGUAUCACCAACUUCCCUAAGUCAAUAUAUGCUGUCAGUCUAGAAACACAGACCAGUGCUAACAUGAGCGUAUCCUUUUUUUCAGUACAUGAACAGCUUUAAUAUCUAGAUUACUAUGCCCUUCUCAGCAUCUGUUUUUAAGGACCUAAUCAGAAAUGUAGGUAUAAAAUGAUCAACAAUUGGGAAUAACUGAAUAGAGAGAGGUACUUAAAGCAUCCUCGCACAGUCUGAGAAAUGGUCCUGUAAGAACGCUAGGCGAAUACCGCAGACUGGGGGGUACACACGGUUACCUUCAAGUAGUGAACUUUUACUUCCUUUGUAAAUUUUUGUAUUUUAAAGUUUUAUAAGUGAUUUUUACGAUUAAAAAAUUUUUGAAAUCUAAAGAAA